GACUCGCAAAAAAUUGAUGGGAGGCGAUGAAACUGCAUGGAAUACACAAAAUGGAGCAAAAGUACGAACCCGGUUCAUCCAAACAACGGUCCUGCUACAUCCCGUGUUUCAUAGACGCACCCCUUUGAAGACCCCAUGAAACAUCCAACAAUUAUUAACCAACAAAGCCGCGAGCAAAAUUUUUGAUUGAAACAAACCAAGAAAUGGGUUUAUCGUUCCUCUUAGCUGGCAGGCAUAACAAUACACGGCACCUAUGUUGAAACUGCUGUCGAUGGGAUGAAAUUAUAUUACAUGUCCAUUUUGGAUCGUGUUUGUACGACUUCGGAAGGUCGAAAAGGGAUUUGGCUUGGAGUAUUGAAAUUUUUAUAUUAAAAAGAAGGGGAAGGAUCGACGACGCGUUUAUGCGAUGAGAUCCGUCCGUUCUUCUUCCCCAUAUAUUUUGAAAAAGUUCCCGCAUUUGAAAGCUUGAUCGCGUUUCGAAGAUUCUCUUUGGUAGGAUAAAAAAGUAGCUUGGGAAAUUAAGAGCCGCCACAACAAAUGUCCGAAGUACCAAUCAAGAUCCAGCAACCGCGUAUCGUGAAGAAACACCAAGUUUCAACUCUUCUCUGUUCUCGCUCAAUCUUUGACCCUCCACAUUCUCGGCACUGUUACUAGAUGAGACUGUCAAGGGACUACCCAAGUAUCCUGAUCUAUAUUCAGUGUACACACUCUCUGUCGUCGACUCAUCACGGGAGCAUCAGUGAACCCCUGUCGCACUAGCAAACACACCAGGGUAGAACAACCUAAAUUAUCUCAACAACAUCGAAUCAAAUCCUCCCCAGUGACGGGUUGCGGCUGUACCUUUCCAAUACAAGCGGCGAUAUAGAGUAUUUUGAAGCACUUGCCACUUAAUAACCAUAUUAAGUUCCCGGGAGAGUGAAGCACUGAUAUACCCUUAAUUGGAUUCGGAAGCUUUCCUCCCCAGUCAUGAGCCAUCCUUCGAACAGUCCGCUUAGACAAUAUGGAGAGCAUACCAAGGAAGCCACUCUUUGUGCUCAAGAUGGUUUGUUUGAGAUAUGGGAUGGGAGACCAGAUGAAAUGAAGAAGGUCGAUCUUAAAGAUAUAAAGAUCACGGGCCGCCGCCAACAUGUUAAUUAUCAUCAUUUUACACCUUUUGGCAGGCCACACAUUCAUUUCUUCGAACCUUCUUUCUUUUCUCGACGACAUAAUUCCAAACUUAAACUACAUUCUUUUACAGAUACCACAUCGACGUCGACAUCCUGCAGCAGCUGGUACUACUUCACGAUGGCUUCCUUCUCAAUCAUUUCCAUUUUAUUGGCUCUACGCUUCUUCUUCAUCGUUUCCGGUGCUCCUACUCCUGUGCCAACUGAUGCAGUGGCUACUACCGCAUCAGCUUCCAGCAGUUAUUGGCUUGCUUCAAUUCAACGACAAGGUAUUGCGCCAUUUGGCGAUGCUUCAUAUCAAGUCUUCCGAAAUGUCAAGGACUUUGGUGCUGUUGGUGAUGGUGUAACUGAUGACACCGCUGCCAUCAACUCUGCCAUCUCCUCUGGUAACCGUUGUGGUAAAGGCUGUGACUCUACUACUGUUACCCCUGCUCUCGUUUACUUCCCACCUGGAACAUAUGCUAUCUCAGCUCCUAUUAAACAACAAUAUUUCACUCAACUUGUUGGUGAUGCUGUUACUCUCCCAACAAUUAAAGGUCUUGCCAACUUUGCUGGCAUGGCUUUACUCGACGCAGACCCAUAUGAUCCUGAAUUUAACUGGUUCACCAAUCAGAACAACUUCUACCGUCAAAUCAGAAACUUUGUCAUCGACUUGACUGCCAUGCCUGCCUCAACUGGUAGUGGUAUUCAUUGGCAAGUUGCUCAAGCUACAUCAUUACAAAACAUUGUUUUCAACAUGAGAACUGAUGGUGGAGAAGGUAACAACCAACAAGGAAUCUUCAUGGAUAAUGGCAGUGGUGGUUUCAUGGCCGACUUGACAUUCAACGGUGGCAAGUAUGGUGCUUUCUUGGGUAGCCAACAGUUUACUUCUCGAAACUUGACCUUUAAUAACUGCCAAACGGCCAUCUACCUAAACUGGGCCUGGCUCUGGACCUUCAAGGACAUCAACAUCAACAACUGUGGUGUGGGUCUCGAUAUGUCAGCUGGCGGUGCCAGUUCGCGGGCAGUAGGAUCGGCCACAUUGAUGGACAGUACCAUUGUAAACACGCCAAUCGGUAUUUCUACCGUUUACGAUGUCACCGAAACCGGAACUAACGGAACUCUCGUUAUUGAUAACGUCGACUUCUCUUCCAAUGUUCCAGUUGCCGUGUAUGAUGCCACUUCCAAGUCAACCGUCCUUGCCGGAAACGCCAAAGUCGCAUCAUGGGCUCAAGGAAAGGUCUACACUGGAGUUAAUGCUGGUGCAGCUAGCCAAGGUGUUCAAGAUGCUGUCACCAAGCCUGCAGUCCUCUUGGAUUCUACUGGCAAGUUAUUUGGACGCACCAAGCCACAAUAUGAGACUUUACCAGCCUCUUCAUUUUUGAGUGUCAAGUCUAAUGGAGCUAAGGGUGAUGGAACUACCGAUGAUACUGCUGCCAUUCAAGCAAUCUUCGACAAGGCUACCACUGAUCAAGUCGUUUACUUCGAUCACGGUGCUUAUGUUGUCACUGACACCAUCAAGGUUCCAAAAAACAUCAAGAUCACUGGUGAGAUCUGGCCUAUGAUCAUGGCAAAGGGAUUCAACGAUCAAGCCAAUCCAAAGGCCGUCUUCCAAGUUGGACAAGUUGGUGACACUGGCUCUGUGGAGAUCUCCGAUAUUGUUUUCCAAACUAUGGGUCCAGCUGCGGGCGCUAUCCUUAUCGAAUGGAAUCUCAAGGAGGCUUCUCAAGGCUCAGCAGGAAUGUGGGAUGUUCAUACAAGAAUUGGUGGUAGUGCUGGUACUCAACUUCAAUCCAACACUUGCGCCAAGAAUCCAAACGCAACUCACAGCAGCAACCCAGAAUGUAUUGGAGCCUUUAUGCUUCUCCACGUUACUGAAAAGGCUUCAAUCUACCUUGAGAACAACUGGUUUUGGGUUGCCGAUCAUGAACUUGAUCUUACCGAUCACACCCAAAUUGAUCUUUACAACGGCAGAGGAAUCUUGAUUGCUUCUGAAGAAGGACCUACCUGGAUGUAUGGUACCGCCAGUGAACAUAAUGUUCUUUACAACUAUCAAUUGGCCAACGCCUCCAAUGUCUUUAUGGGAGCCAUCCAAACUGAAACUCCUUACUACCAAUCCAAUCCAGAUUCUACAACACCUUUCACCACCAACUCAGUUUAUGGUGAUCCUUCUUUCACUGGUGGAUCACUUGCCGAUAAAGCAUGGGGUGUUCGCAUCGUUAACUCUGAGGAUGUCUUUAUCACUGGUGCUGGUCUCUAUUCAUUCUUUGAUAACUACAGCCAAGAUUGUUUGAUGACUUCUAACUGUCAAAGCAACAUGCUUUCAAUUGAGGGUUCAGGCAAUAUUCACAUCACUGGAUUGUCAACCGUCGGUGUUGAAAACAUGGUUACAAUUGACGGACAGAGUGGCGCAGUGUUUAAAGACAACCGUAACACUUUUGCUGCUACUAUUGCAAUGUUCAAGGGAGCUGGUACAGGUGUUAAGUGCUAGGUUGGUCUAUUUUAGAUGGAUAUGAUACGGCUUAAUGAGAUUACGAUACAUGAUUACGAUACCCCGCGGAUCCUUCAUACUUCUCCUUUUGUCAUCUUUUUAAUGUUCUUCUUGUGCAUAGCCUUAUUAGGUGGUGUACAUUAUUCCAUAGGGCUUAGAAUGCGGGCGUUUGUUUUUGUUUUUGUCUUUGGUUUUGCGGAGGAAUGGAGAGAUGUGGGAUACAUAUGGGGUAUAUGCUGUGCAUAUAUGGGAUGAGUACACUGGAAUUGCAUGAUUUUAGAUAGCUACAUAACUGAAUUUGAAAUACUUUGAAUUUGCA